AUCAUCCAUCACAAAAUCACCCACCGGCCUCUGCAUAUUCUCUACCGUAGAUUGUAAGAUGGCAAAGAGGGAGCACUCGAGGAGCGAAAAACUGAUAAAUCAUCCAUCAAAUCUCUCUCUACAAUGUUUCUGUUGAGAGAUUGCUGUUUCGGUUUUUUUUUUGAGAUUGUUGUUUCGGUUGAUGAACAACAACAAUGAAGGGCAAUGAAGAGUCGCUGCCGGAUCCGAGCCCUAAAAUGGCAGACAGGCGACCACUGCUCAAGAAAUCAAAGACCAACAUAUCGGGCGAUUCUCGAUUCCCCGGUCCACUCUUCCCCACCGUCCGUCGCACCACCACAGAUCCCCCUUCCCGCCAGCUCCCAUCUGAUCUCCGCGUCUCCGUUGGCAGCGAUUCAUCUCCGACCCUAGGCAUCAUUAACAGUAGUGGUGGCAGUACCAGUAGCAGUAGUAGUUCGAGCUUCUCUGAUAGGGACUGGUUGUACCCGUCUUUUCUCGGACCCCACACAGUAAGGAAUCGGAUCACGGUCAAACCGGCGCCAUCUUCUUCCAAGUCCCAAAAGCUUGGUAAAGCAACGGCUGGUGGUGUGCAGCGGAAGGUUGCAGCAGUGGUGGAUGAAAAGCCACCGAUUGCGGAUCUUCCUCCGGUAGUAGAGAGGAAAAAGAGGAACGAUAAGGAGGUGGUUAGUAGUCAAGAUUUGGUGACUCGGAGUCAUUCAGUUAGUCCAGGGCGAACUCGGGGAGUGAAGCGUUCUUUAGUCGUAUAUACACUUAUUUUCACAUGUAUGUUUUCUGUAUCUUAUGCAAUUUACCUGUGGAAGGAAGUCUCAAGACUAGAGGGAGAGAACACUAACCUUCGUAGACUGUGUAGCAGUAAAGGUGUCCUAGGUAAUGAAAACAUUAGAGUUUUGCGGCACGAAGAGGGUAGUUCACUUUCUGAUUUUGAUGAUCCUCAAAGUAGAGUUGUUGCUUUGUAUACUGUUGUAAUCACACUUCUUAUGCCAUUUGUGCUGUACAAAUAUCUUGAUUAUCUUCCCCAAAUAAAGAGUCUCUUAAAGAGAAAAGUGAAUAAUAAGGAGGAGGUUUCCUUGAAGAAGAGAAUUGCGUACAUGGUUGAUGUGUGUUUCUCGGUUUAUCCUUAUGCAAAGCUACUUGCCCUCCUCUUUGCAACUAUAUUUCUCAUAGGAUUUGGUGGCUUGGCAUUAUAUGCGGUCAGUGACGGUAGCUUUGCUGAAGCUCUUUGGCUUUCAUGGACUUUCAUAGCUGACUCAGGAAAUCAUGCUGAUAGGGUUGGCACAGGUCCUAGGAUUGUUUCCGUCUCUAUAAGCUCAGGAGGCAUGCUGAUAUUUGCUAUGAUGCUUGGGCUUGUCUCAGAUGCUAUCUCAGAGAAGGUAGAUUCAUUGCGAAAAGGCAAGAGUGAAGUGAUUGAGAAGAAUCAUAUACUAAUUCUUGGAUGGAGUGACAAAUUGGGUUCACUAUUAAAACAGCUCGCAAUAGCAAACAACAGUGUUGGUGGCGGUGUAGUUGUUGUGCUUGCUGAAAGAGACAAGGAGGAAAUGGAGAUGGAUAUAGCCAAACUAGAAUUUGACUUCAUGGGGACGUGUGUUAUAUGCAGGAGUGGUAGUCCUCUUAUACUAGCGGACUUAAAAAAGGUAUCAGUUUCUAAGGCACGUGCAAUCAUUGUGUUAGCAUCUGACGAAAAUGCAGAUCAGAGUGAUGCCCGCGCAUUGAGAGUUGUGCUCAGCCUGACAGGUGUGAAAGACGGGUUGAAAGGUCAUGUGGUUGUAGAGAUGAGUGACCUGGACAAUGAACCCCUGGUGAAACUAGUUGGGGGAGAACUCAUUGAAACAGUUGUUGCCCAUGAUGUCAUUGGACGUCUCAUGAUACAGUGUGCUCUGCAACCCGGUCUUGCACAGAUAUGGGAGGAUAUAUUGGGCUUCGAGAACGCUGAGUUUUACAUUAAAAGGUGGCCUCAGUUGGACGGUAUGCAUUUUCGAGAUGUGCUUAUUUCCUUUCCUGAUGCAAUUCCAUGUGGAGUUAAGGUUGCUGCAGAUGAUGGGAAGAUAAUCAUGAAUCCAGAUGAUAACUAUCUUCUAAGGGAAGGAGAUGAAGUUCUUGUUAUAGCCGAGGAUGAUGACACCUAUGCUCCAGGUCCUCUUCCAGAGGUGCAUAGGGUUUUUUUCCCGAAAAUAUCUGACCCUCCCAAAUUUCCUGAGAAAAUAUUGUUCUGUGGCUGGCGGCGUGACCUUGAUGACAUGAUUACGGUACUAGAAGCAUUCUUGGCUCCAGGUUCAGAACUGUGGAUGUUCAAUGAGGUUGAAGAGAAAGAUAGAGAAAAGAAGCUCACUGAUGGGGGACUUGAUAUAUCUGGAUUACAAAACAUAAAACUUGUCCACCGUGUGGGAAAUGCCGUUAUUAGGCGGCAUUUGGAGAGUCUUCCUCUUGAGACCUUCGAUUCUAUAUUAAUCCUUGCAGAUGAGUCUUUGGAGGAUUCUAUUGUGCAUUCUGACUCUCGAUGUCUCGCUACUCUGCUCCUAAUUCGAGACAUACAGUCCAAGCGUCUUCCUGACAAAGAUAAGAAGUCGACUUCUUUACGACUAUCUGGGUUCUCACACAGCUCCUGGAUCCGUGAAAUGCAACAAGCUUCAGACAAGUCGAUAAUUAUUAGUGAAAUCCUGGAUUCAAGAACUAGAUACCUGGUGUCAGUGUCUAGAAUAAGCGAUUAUGUCCUCUCAAAUGAACUGGUGAGUAUGGCACUUGCCAUGGUGGCAGAAGACAAGCAAAUAAAUCGUGUGUUAGAGGAAUUAUUUGCAGAGGAGGGGAACGAGAUGUAUAUUAAACCUGCAGAAUUCUACCUUUUCGACCAGGAAGAGAUAUGUUUUUAUGACAUAAUGGUUAGGGGUCGGCAAAGAAAUGAGAUUGUUAUAGGUUAUCGCCUAGCUAGCGCAGAGCAGGCCAUUAUUAAUCCUUCUCGGAAGUCAGAACCCAGAAAAUGGUCUCUUGAUGACGUUUUUGUGGUCAUUUCUUUUGGGGAAUAAACAAAGGGAAAUGGUCUCUUGAGUCUUUACUUAGUUCGCUCUCACUGCUGAACACACAACUCCAUUUCAAUAUAUUGAUUGGUGGAUUGGUAACUGCAACUUCAAAUUGUGCACUAGAAGAUAAUUCAGGAAUUUAGGGAGUUUUUUUAAUACUGGGACAAGUGCUUAAAUUCAUUGCAGGAAAUAUGUUGUACAAUUGUAAUAUUAGACGUUAAUGUUGGAGUUUUUUUGUUGUAAUUGAACUUCUACUGAGCCAACUGAAUUCCCAGAGAUGCUGCCUCAAUUACCUGUAUCAGGAAAAUAGAAAUAUUUUCUUUGCCUUGAUA